ACUGAUAUUGUAAAUCAUUACAAUCUGUCAAAAUGAUGGACAUGUCAGAUUUCGGGGAGGCAGCGUCCUUCCUGAGGAAGACUGACAAAGAGUUAAUGAUACAGCAGACGGUGGCUUUUGAUGGAAAGAAAAAGUGUUGGAUACCUGAUGACAAAGAAGCUUAUCUGGAAGCUGAGAUUAAGGAGACGGGUGGAGGAAAAGUCACCGUUGAAGUUGCUGGUGGAAAGACUGUUAUAGUAAAAGACGCAGAUGUCCAACAGAUGAACCCUCCAAAGUUUGAUAUGAUUGAAGAUAUGGCCAUGUUAACUCAUCUGAAUGAAGCCUCUGUGCUUUCUAAUCUCCGCAGACGUUACUCAAACUGGAUGAUAUAUACCUAUUCUGGGCUUUUCUGUGUAACCGUGAAUCCCUACAAGUGGCUACCAGUCUACAAGACUGAAGUGGUUACUGCCUAUAAGGGCAAGAGACGAUCUGAGGCACCUCCUCAUAUCUUUUCCAUUGCUGACAAUGCUUACCAUGACAUGUUGCGAAAUCGAGAAAACCAAUCAAUGUUAAUCACCGGAGAAUCUGGUGCUGGCAAGACUGUCAACACAAAACGCGUUAUUCAGUACUUUGCAACAGUUGCUGCAAUUGGUGACCCCACUGGUAAAAAGAAUCAACCAGCAACAAAGACUGGGGGAACCCUGGAAGAUCAAAUCAUCCAGGCAAACCCUGCCCUAGAAGCCUUUGGAAAUGCCAAAACUCUGAGAAAUGACAAUUCUUCCCGUUUUGGUAAAUUCAUACGAAUUCACUUUGGUACCACUGGCAAGUUGUCUUCUGCUGAUAUUGAAAUAUACUUACUGGAAAAAUCCAGAGUAAUUUUUCAACAACCUGGAGAACGAAGUUACCAUAUUUUCUAUCAGAUAACAACUGGGAAAAAGAGUGAGCUAAUCGAUAUGCUCUUAGUGACCACAAACCCUUAUGAUUUCCACUUUAGCUCACAAGGAGUUGUAACGGUAGACAACUUAGAUGAUAGUGAAGAAUUACUUGCAACUGACCAAGCGUUUGACAUAUUGGGGUUUAUCUCUGAUGAAAAAUAUGGUGCUUACAAAUUGACAGGUGCAAUAAUGCAUUUUGGAAACAUGAAAUUUAAACAAAAACAAAGGGAAGAACAAGCAGAGCCUGAUGGCACUGAAAGCACAGAUAAAGCUGCUUAUUUGAUGGGGGUCAGCUCCUCUGAGUUGGUGAAAGGUCUGAUGCAUCCCAGAGUGAAAGUGGGCAAUGAGUACGUGACCAAAGGUCAAUCCGUAGAACAGGUUGUAUAUGCAGUCGGAGCAUUGGCCAAAGGCAUUUAUGACCGAAUGUUUAAAUGGCUUGUGGUUCGUAUUAACAAGACACUGGAUACAAAGUUACCCAGACAGUUCUUUAUUGGUGUACUUGAUAUCGCUGGAUUUGAAAUUUUUGAUUUUAACAGCUUUGAACAACUCUGCAUCAAUUUCACAAAUGAAAAAUUGCAACAAUUUUUCAAUCAUCACAUGUUUGUGCUAGAACAAGAAGAAUAUAAGAAGGAAGGAAUUGACUGGGAGUUCAUUGACUUUGGCCUAGAUUUACAGGCUUGCAUUGACCUGAUUGAAAAGCCUAUGGGAAUUUUGUCAAUACUUGAAGAGGAGUGCAUGUUUCCUAAGGCUACAGACAUGACCUUCAAGUCAAAGCUUUAUGACAACCACCUUGGAAAAUCACCCAACCUCCAAAAACCAAGAAUUGACAAGAAGAGAAAAUAUGAAGCUCAUUUUGAACUUGUCCACUAUGCUGGAGUGGUUCCAUACAACAUUAUGGGCUGGUUAGAGAAGAACAAGGAUCCACUUAAUGAAACAGUCGUCGGACUCUUCCAAAAGUCAUCCAACAAACUUCUGGCUUGCUUGUUUGAAAACUACAUCAGUUCAGACAGUGCUGACCAAGGUGGAGAAAAAAAGCGCAAGAAAGGAGCUUCAUUCCAGACUGUGUCGUCUAUGCACAAGGAAAAUCUGAAUAAAUUAAUGACUAAUCUUAGAGCAACAUCACCUCACUUUGUACGCUGCAUUAUUCCUAAUGAAACAAAGACUCCAGGUGCAAUGGAUCCUUUCCUGGUUCUUCAUCAGCUACGUUGCAAUGGCGUCUUAGAGGGAAUUCGUAUUUGCCGCAAAGGUUUUCCAAAUAGGGUUAUGUAUGCUGACUUCAAACAGAGAUAUCGUAUUCUGAAUCCCAGCGCUAUCCCAGAGGACAAGUUUGUAGACAGCAGAAAAGCGUCUGAAAAACUCUUGGGGACUUUGGACAUUGAUCAAACUCAGUAUCGAUUUGGGCAUACAAAGGUGUUUUUCAAGGCUGGACUCUUAGGACAUCUGGAAGAAAUGAGAGAUGAAAGAUUAUCUAAGAUUCUCACACUGAUCCAAGCAAGAGCCCGGGGAAAGCUAAUGAGAAUUGAAUUCCAAAAGAUUUUAGAAAGAAGGGAUGCACUGUUGGUUAUCCAGUGGAACAUUCGUGCUUUUAUGGCUGUCAAAAAUUGGCCAUGGAUGAAGCUUUACUUCAAGAUUAAGCCUUUGUUAAAGUCAGCAGAAACUGAGAAAGAAAUGGCAAACAUGAAAGAUGAGUUCCUGAAGCUUAAAGAAGCACUUGAAAAAUCAGAAGCCAGAAGGAAAGAACUUGAGGAAAAGCAAGUCACCUUGGUGCAAGAGAAAAAUGAUCUGACUCUUCAGUUACAAGCAGAGCAAGAUACCCUGGCUGAUGCAGAGGAGCGAUGUGAUCUAUUAAUUAAAUCUAAGAUCCAAAUGGAAUCUAAAAUUAAAGACCUCACAGAGCGCAUAGAGGAUGAGGAGGAAAUGAACUCAGAGCUGACUUCUAAGAAAAGAAAACUUGAGGACGAGUGUGCAGAACUGAAGAAGGACAUUGAUGAUCUGGAGAUCACAUUAGCAAAAGCAGAGAAAGAAAAGCAUGCGACUGAAAAUAAGGUCAAAAACUUGACUGAAGAAAUGGUAGCUCUUGAUGAGACAAUUACUAAGUUAACAAGAGAGAAGAAAGCUUUACAGGAGGCGCAUCAGCAAACACUGGAUGACCUUCAGGCAGAAGAAGACAAAGUCAACACUCUAACCAAACUAAAAACAAAACUGGAACAACAAGUGGAUGAUCUUGAGGGUUCUCUAGAACAAGAAAAGAAGGUCAGGAUGGAUCUUGAAAGGGCAAAACGUAAGCUGGAGGGGGAUCUGAAGCUUACACAAGAGAGUCUAAUGGAUGCAGAAAAUGAUAAGCAGCAGAUGGAUGAGAAGCUAAAGAAGAAGGAAUUUGAAAUCAACCAGUUGACAUCCAAAAUUGAAGAUGAACAAUCCAUUGUCAUUCAGCUCCAGAAAAAAAUAAAGGAGCUUCAAGCUCGUAUAGAAGAGUUAGAAGAAGAGCUGGAAGCAGAACGAGCCGCACGAGCCAAGGUAGAGAAACAGAGGUCAGAUCUCUCCAGAGAGUUAGAAGAAUUAAGCGAGAGGCUGGAAGAGGCAGGGGGAGCAACAUCUGCCCAGCUGGAAAUGAACAAGAAACGGGAAGCAGAGUACUUGAAGAUGCGCAGAGAUCUAGAAGAAGCCACUUUACAUCAUGAGGCCACUGCCGCAGCACUGAGGAAGAAGCAUGCAGACAGUGUGUCAGAGCUUGGUGAGCAGAUUGACAAUCUCCAAAGGGUCAAACAGAAACUAGAGAAGGAGAAGAGUGAACUCAAGUUGGAGGCAGAUGAUCUGGCAUCAAAUAUAGAACAGUUGGCCAAAUCCAAGGCCAUAUCAGAGAAACUCUGCCGCACAUAUGAAGACCAGCUUAAUGAAGCCAAGGCCAAAGUGGACGAGAUGACCCGUCAAGUAAUUGACCUCACCACUAUCAAAGGAAGACUUCAGACUGAAAAUGGAGAAUUUGCCAGACUUCUUGAAGAGAAGGAAUCUUUAAUAAGCCAACUAUCCCGAGGAAAAUCUUCAUUUACUCAGCAAAUUGAGGAACUGAGAAGACAACUUGAUGAAGAAACAAAAGCCAAGAAUGCACUGGCUCAUGCUCUGCAGUCUUCCAGACAUGACUGUGAGCUCCUGCGUGAGCAAUUUGAUGAAGAACAGGAAGCUAAAGCUGAACUCCAGAGGUGUCUGUCCAAGUGCAAUGCUGAGGUGGCACAAUGGAGAAACAAAUACGAAACGGACGCAAUUCAGAGGACAGAGGAAUUAGAGGAAGCAAAGAAAAAGCUAGCUAUACGUCUUCAGGAGGCUGAAGAAGCGGUUGAGGCAGCUAAUGCUAAGUGCGCCUCCCUGGAGAAGACCAAGCACCGUCUGCAGAGUGAGCUAGAGGACAUUAUGAUUGAUCUGGAGAGAUCUAAUGCUGCCUCUGCUGCCAUGGACAAGAAGCAGCGCAACUUUGACAAAGUUAUAGCUGACUGGAAGCAGAAGUAUGAGGAGGCCCAGGCUGAACUGGAGGCCUCACAGAAGGAGGCCCGUGGCCUGAGCACAGAGCUGUUCAAGUUGAGGAAUGCCUAUGAAGAAGUGUUGGAUAUUUUAGAAACUUUAAAAAGGGAGAACAAGAACCUGCAAGAGGAGAUUUCAGAUCUGACAGACCAGGUCAGUGAGGGCAAUAAGAAUUUACAUGAAAUAGAGAAGGUGAAGAAACAAGUGGAACAGGAAAAGUCAGAGGUGCAGAUGGCCCUGGAGGAAGCUGAGGGUGCCCUUGAGCAUGAAGAAAGCAAAACUCUCAGAUUUCAGCUGGAACUAUCUCAAAUAAAAGCAGAAUUUGAAAGAAAACUGUCUGAAAAAGAGGAAGAGACAGAAAAUAUAAGGAGAAACCAACAGCGUAUCAUUGAGUCACUGCAAUCUAACCUGGACUCUGAAGCCAAAAGCAGAAAUGAGGCCAUUCGAUUGAAGAAAAAAAUGGAAGGAGACCUAAAUGAAAUGGAAAUUCAAUUAAGCCAUGCUACUCGACAGGCUACUGAGGCAACUAAAGCCAUGCGGAACUUACAGGCACAGACCAAGGAUCUGCAAGUCCAACUGGAUGAUUCUAUUCACCUUACUGAGGACCUGAAGGAACAGUCUGCAGUCAAUGAGAGGAGGAGCAGUUUGCUUCAAUCUGAGCUUGAAGAACUGAGGGGAGCAUUGGAUCAAACAGAACGUGCACGGAAACUGGCAGAGCAUGAGCUCCUAGAAGCUACAGAAAGGGUCAACUUGCUUCAUUCACAGAACACAAGCCUGAUUAACCAGAAGAAGAAGUUGGAGAGUGAUUUGUCUCACAUGCAGAAUGAAGUAGAGGAGGCCAUUCAGGAAUGCCGAAAUGCAGAAGAUAAAGCCAAGAAAGCCAUCACUGAUGCUGCCAUGAUGGCAGAAGAGCUAAAGAAAGAACAAGAUACCAGUUCUCACCUGGAGAGAAUGAAGAAGAAUAUGGAGCAGACCAUUAAAGACCUACAGAAGAGACUGGAUGAAGCAGAGCAAAUUGCACUAAAAGGAGGCAAAAAGCAGAUUCAAAAGUUGGAGUCCCGGGUGCGUGAGCUAGAAAAUGAAUUGGAAGGAGAGCAGCGUCGCAGUUCAGACUCGCUGAAGGGAGUCCGCAAGUUUGAACGGCGUAUCAAGGAGCUAUCAUAUCAGGCAGAAGAAGACAAGAAAAAUCUUAUCCGAAUGCAAGACUUGAUCGAUAAGCUACAACUGAAAGUUAAGAGUUAUAAGCAUCAAUCUGAAGAAACUGAGGAACAAGCCAAUCAGUAUCUAACAAAAUACAAGAAACUGCAGCAUGAACUUGAUGAUGCCAAUGAAAGGGCCGAUAUUGCUGAAUCUCAAGUGAAUAAGUUAAGGAGCAAAACAAGAGAUGGAGGAAAGGUUCGUGAAGAAGAAUAAACAGUCAGAAGACUUUACUGGACUCAGAGGAAUACACUCCCGGAAACUGUACUGCAACUGCUAGCUGCUAACUGUGGGGCAUACAACUCAUAUAAUCUACAGUAGCUUUGUAUUUGUGUU